AUGGUAGUGUUGAAGAGAAAGAGGGACUUUGCCGAUCAAACUGAGCCAAGUGCUCCAGUCAUAACGAGACCUAAAGCGGGGACGAAAGCUUUCGCUUCUGGAAAAGCUGUCAAGGAUGCUCUGGAUACAGCUUCACCACAAGCCUUCGUGUCAUUCAGGCAGCAGAUCGUCACUCCUCACUCUUCCCUUCCUCUCGCUAUCAACCACCCUACAGUAGUCAUUCUCCAGCAUUACCUUGAUACCUCUCCAACUUGCGAGGAGAUCUUUCGAGCAUGGCAGAUAGGGGAUCAGACCAAAACCGAAAUCCAAGCUCAAGCCGCUGUCGAGCUUUUAUCAGAAAUCAUCAGCAUCUUGACCCCCAUACCAUUCUUUCGAAGUUCAGUGGUAGGCUUGAUCAACAAGCUGGUUUCGAAUACCGAGCCAUACAGUGAAUAUCUCAACCGUCUAUGUCAAUCUGGAAGACGGGAUGACGUAUAUCACGGAUACCUCUUAACAGCUGCGGCUGUCGCUGUCGAUCCACCUACUUCAACGACCGUGGGGCCAUCUACCUCUGGGAGACUAGGGCUGAAAGUUUGGGGGCUAUUGGUAGAAGGCGGGAGUGUGAGAGGAUUGGGUAAACAGAUGGGUAUGAGGAGGAGGAAUAAGGAGGGUAUGGUCGGCUAUGGAGAAAGCGAUCCUUUGGAUAAGCCAGAUAUACGACACCUCAUCUUACGAACGAUUCUUCCCCUCUUAUCGACUUCUACCUUCCAAGCUCAUGCUAGAUCGAUUCUUCCACCUCUGUACUCUGGUCUGGCUGCGGACCCGCCGAUCACUAUCUACAGAGUCCUCACCGCAUUGUGGAACGCUAUAUCUGGGCCAUCGAUUGGGUUGAACCGUCGAACGUCUUUGGUGCUGUUCCAUGAAAAGUCACUAGAGCAUCUUUGGCAACUCCUCUCAAGACAAGAUGUCGAAUCAAGUACAGGUAAAACAGUUUCCGAGAUAGUGGAAGCUUUCUUGGAAGGAAUCACAACAGUUCCUGGACAAGGUAUCUGCUUCGCGGAUGAAGGAUGGUAUCCUCGUCGGACGGCCGACGGGAACGCAGGUGCCACUGUGGGCAAUAACGACACAGCAGUAAACGGAACAAACGAUGAUCGGAGCGAUAGCUGGAAGAGAGGAUUGCACAAUCGGAUCCUCGGGAAUGUCGUAAGAAAGGUUGGGAACAAGGCUGUGGACGAUGAUGGUGUAGUUGGGAAUUGGAUGACCAAGGUCUUCGAGGCCUGUCCAGAGCUCAUAGCUGGAUAUUGGGCACACUCAGCUCUGGCGGUAGAUCCUCGUCUUAACGCCAGAUGGGUAGGCACCAUGGCUUAUAUUGGACGUAUCAUCUCCCUCCCUACACCCGCUUUAAACACUUUCCGACAACCUGUAUCAGCCGGUGCCGAUCCUUCAACAGCCCCUUUCAGAUCUCAACCACCUGCUACUUCAGUCAUCAUCGAAUCUAUCCUUCCCGCACCCCUCACCAAGAAUCAUAUCAUGAAAGGUUUGCAACAUACCGAUGGUCUGGUACAACAUGUCACAGCAGUUACUCUUGCGCGAGGACUACAAAAGCUUUCAGUCGUUCAAGCACUCUUUUCGCAAAUCGGAAAGAUGAUCGAAGACGAGCCUUCAUCUUCGGAAGAAAACGCUUGGAGACGUGGCCGUCGAGAGCUCGAGAUGGAAGCUAGGAAGAGGAUACCGGAGCUCAGCGUCAUUAUCGCAUUCGCACAAAGGGCAGCUACCAUGGCUCCAUCCGAACCCGAGACAGAGGCUGAACUUGCUCUCGCGUCAAAAUCAGCUAUGUUGACUGAGAUAGCACUUCGUAUAUUUGGUUUGUGCAAUAAGACCAUGCCCUCUAUGGCUUCCGAGGUGAAAUUCGAUGUCGGAAGGUUACUCGUGUCAGCUUCGAGUGCUAGUGCGGAGAGAAGAGCUAGAAGGGAAGCCAGAGAAGGAAGUGUGAUUAGUGACUCUGGGAGUGUGGCGAGUGUGGGAACCAUGGGUACGGCAGGCAUGGGAGGGGGUUUUGGUCAAGCGAGAGGAGACGUAGAAGGGUUCGAAGCUCUCAGUCAAUUGCACGUGCUGCAAUUGCUGGGCGAAGUCAGAGAUUGGAAUUGGAUGAACAAAGCUGCGGGAUCUCAGUAUACGUAUCUCUACCAUAUCUUGCUGUUGUACCUUUCCACCCGUCAAUCUGUCACUCAGCUCAAAACUGUCUCACUACUCCAUCAUCUUCUGAUACCAACGUUACUUUACGAGCACGAUCCUUCCGAGCUAUCCAUCUGGCUCGACGCUUUGCCCCGCGCUUCAGACUCGGCGUCAGGACCGAUGCUUUUAGCUCAACAGAUACACCUUCUCUCUUUCCUCGAUGACUGUUUCAGGAGAGCCACUAAGACACCUUAUCGAUACAUCGAAGACGCUUUUGCAGUCGUACCGGAUCAUUUCCAAUAUUCGAGGCCUACCGAAAUGAUUAGUCCAGUGUUGAUGACCAUUGUGGAGCAAUUGAACGCCAAAAUCAUGGGUCAACUGAUCAGUACGGAAGCUGCUGGAGUCGUUCUGGUGUAUAUAGGGCGGAUCAUCUUGGGACUGGUAGGGAAGCAGAAAGAUCUGAAAUUCCUACUUGCUAUCGUUGGGAAGUUUGACGAUCUGUUGGAAAAGGCGAAGGAAGCUGGUCAAGCUAGAGUUGGUCUUCCAGAUGUUGUUCAAGGUAUGAAGGAUGAUUUGGCGCUUGUACAGGGCGCGAAACGGAGCAAAAAGUCAAAAGAUCAAGAUCCUGGAGCUCACCGCCUGCGAGAUGAAGAAGACUGGUCAGCUCGAUCGUUCGAGCAGACUUGCCUCAUCCUGACAGUCGAUCAUUGGGGAGAAGUCGAUACCCUUACUUCACUUGCAUCCACCUUUAUCAAAUCCGCCGACGAUGCUACCAUCAUCAGGAGAGCAUCUUUCCUCUUACAACUCCUUCCAUCGAAGAAAGGGAUACUAUCAUCGUUAGAAGCUAAAUCUGCUGCUCUACAUUUACUUGAUCAAUGCCUGGCAUCACUUGCAAAUCCCCCAUCUCUAGCUCUACUAAAAGCUUCCAUAUUCGAGAACGACUUCAUCAAGAAGCUGUUCUUGAGUAAGAAAGGUGAUGAUUGUAGACCCCCGCUCAACUCCCUUGUUGCUCAUCUCCAGACCUCCAUAAGCAUUGAUGCAGGUCUUGGGGAAGUAUUCGUACUUGAGCUUGUCGGUGCUCUAAAAUCCGACAAAAAGGGCUCGAACAUGGAGCACACUCUUGCACUUCUGCAACCAUGGAUUCCGUUCCUUGGCGCCGAGCCAGCUAUAAAAGCCCUCAAAUCGAUCAUCAAGCGAUCUGAGACUGUCAUACCCCUCCUAAAGACAACCAUCGCCCCCACUAUCGCAUCAAUCGUGGUCGCUACUAAGGAUCCGUCCUACGCGGUCGAUCACAUCAAGGAACUGGUCAAGUUGAAGUCGAUCUCUCCUGUCGUUCAACUUAUACGAGAAGCGGCAAUGGACCGGGAAAAGCGGAAAUCUUUGAAUGCGUUGUCGAUAAAGAAGGGUAUAGUCCGCGAUUUACUUGCAAUCAAAGAAGACUCCGCCUUCGAACUUGUCACUGUUCUGGCUCAAAAUUCGAAAACCGCGGCGAUCACGAUUCUUGCGGUCCUAUCCAAAGAAUCGACGCAACUAGAGGAUGAAAGGGUCCUUCCGAUAGUGGAUAUCUUACUUGACGCCCCGUCUGACACUUCCGACAGGAAACUUGAUGUUGUCUCGCUUGCCAUCAAGGUGCUGGUUUCCUCCAAAGUGUCAUCGACCCAGUCAGAGUCUGCUAUUCGCAUUGUAACUCGACUGUCCCAACAAAAGCAUGAAGAUGUAUCGCAGGAAAUUAGAAAGCUAAAGUUGACAGAUUAUGGCCUGCCGCUAGCUAGACUGACCGAGACAUUGGCUGAGCAUGGUAGUCAAGUGUUUGAUUCCCCCAUCAAGCACUUGUUAGACUUGGGGUUGCAAUAUGCCGUUAGAGUGUGCUCCAAAGUGGGUGAACUAGAUACAGACGAACAAGCUGUACUGUCACGUUUAGACAACGCCAUUACAACUACGGAGGACAUACCACCGGAGGUGCAACUGUCAGAGCCAGUCAUCACAGCUAUCAUCCAAGAUCGACUUGACAAUGAGGAGGCUAUCAGACUUGCCGUAACCCUCGCUAGACGAAUCGAUAUGAAGGCAUCCUUCAUCCGUCAACAACUUCAAGCGCUUCUUGCUAGCUCAGCAUAUAAUCGUUGCGCCGACUCAUCUUGUCCCGCUUCCAAUCGCCUCAACUACAUUCGACUGUUUCAUUCCCUUUUUGCAGCCUCUACCUAUGUCUCCUGUCAACCCAAUUUCAUCGAGCCUCUCGUCCCACUCUACAGAGGUACCUUGUCCAAAUCUGAUCGAUUGAUACUGAAUAUGUUCCAGCUAUUCGAAGGAUAUAGGAAAUUGUCUGUAUCGAGUGUACUAAGAUUUUGGUCGGCUAGUGGGAUCAUUGGAUCAGGCAAUAGAUCUUUCGACGCUCUGACUUCAUUGGAUCCUCAGAAGGUUUUCGCUACUUGUCAAGCUUAUCCUCUUCGAAGACCACUGAGAGGUUAUGGUAAAGCAAAUCGUCAACCAGAAGGCGGAGAAGGAAUGUAUGACCCAGUUUUCGUCAUGAACCUUUUGACAAGUACGAUGUCUGAAGGGACAGUGACUGGUCUCGAUUGGGUAGAAAUACUCAGAAGUAAUAUUUUGGGCCUGACCAUUUGUGGAUUGUCAUCAAGGGAUAAAGAGAUUAGAGCGGUGGCGGGUUAUGUAUUGGCAAAGGCGUACCAUUUGAUGAACAAAAAACCAUUCUACGAGCGGAAUCAACUUCUUUACACUCUUCGUCUACUUCGACAUUCCAUUGAAACACCUUCCGCCCGGUUACCAACACUCACAACACUUUUCUUCGCCCAUGCUCUGAGAUCACUCGCGAACCCAUCACAUUUCUUGUACCCUCUAUCGUCGAGAUUCUUGCUUCAGCGACAUGUAUUCGAUCCUACCGAUACGCCGAUGCUUUACUCCAUGUUAUAUGCUUCUGGAGAUGGGUGGAAGAGAGAAAGAGGAUGGAUCAUUAGGUUCUUGAAAGAUGGAGUAAGAAGUGAAGCUGACUGGCGAGUCAUCAGAAGAAGGAAAGUAUGGUCCCUUCUGGCUACGAUGUUUAGCUCUUCCUUGGAUCCUGCUUUCCGUCGUACUGUCCUUCAGGCAAUGGAAAGUAUGGUGACUAUCCCCGCGGCUGCUCGAUCGCUUGUCCUGCGUGAUGGGCUCAUCGUCUGGCUUUCGAUGCAAUGGACCAACAUCACUCGACGACAAAUAGAGUCUAGCUUGAAGGGUACGAAGGCCCAGACAUGGGAGAAGGACGAGAAAGCUAUGAUACUGAACCUAGUCGAGAAGGUCUGUGUCAAUAUGAUACCUACUGAAAUCGAAAGAGUGAAAGAAGGUAAAGAGAUUGGCAACUGGGUUGGACACGUUGAGAUCUUCUUCAAAACGGUCCUUGAUGCUGAUGUAGAUGCGGAACGACUGGCAGUUCUUUCACGGAUCUUAUAUCGAUUAUCCACCAUCCCUCGACUCAAGCUUACGCCUGCCAUCAUACCUUUACUUGUGGACCAGCUGAAGAAAUUAGGCAGUUCUUCUGUGGCACCAAAAGCAGAUAUAACCGCUUGCUUAUUCCAUAUCGGACUGAACAUCGAUCCGGAAAGUUUGAGGUAUGAUGUUAAAGUGAAAGAAGCAAUCGAAGAGGUUGGGUGGAAGGUCGAGAGAGGCGAUGCCGGCGGAGAAUUGGCUGAAUGGGUAAGAAAAGAAAGGAGGUUGUCAGAGUGGGAGAAAUGA